UGGAUUAUGGAAGUCGUGGAUGACAGAUAAUUAAUUGCACAUUUCAAGCCCUACUAUUGGACGACUUGCGCUCUAAACGGACAUGAAUACUCCUGUGCUGACCACCAUUACGUUGAUGAUGGUGCGAGCAUCUGCUAUCUUCAAUGCCUAGCCUUUAUGCAUGCUAAAAUUGGCGCCGCGCCGCUGAAUGAGAUGUGAAAGUGCACUUGUACAGAGCUUGCUGCCAGCUAUCAUCUGUACAGUAUCGAAGCCCGGAGAAGCCUGUGCAUCUUUUUUGCAGUUUGUUGUCAAUUCAUUCGGAUAAGCAAGUCUUUUGUCAUCUGCAGUACAUCAACAAAGUCAAAGGUUGAACGAGUAUGGUGGUAGCGUCACUCAAGUGGAAAUUACAGGUAUUAUAGAGGGUGAAAUUCGGAGAUAAUAAUAACCAUGUAUACGCGCCGCUCUCCGCUGCCAGAUCAAGGGGAGUCGAGUUCAGGGAGCUCAACUUCCGCAGCAUCAUCUAGCUCUUCUGACCCAAGAUCUCCGUCGAAGCCGUCGAAAAACAGACCACAGCGACCUGAACUGUCGACCCCACUUCCCAUGGAAACAAUCCAAUCGUUUAAUGCAGCGUAUAACGCCGGACCAGUUUAUAUCAGCGAAGGUUUAGGCAGCCCUGUUCAUGGUAGAGGCUCUCCGAAUUCCAGCUCCAGCGGCAAGUCGAACUCCCCCACACAUAGCCGUUCGAGUAGCCUUGGGUCUACCCACGGCAUGAGCAACAGCUCUCCUCAGGCGCAGGCGGCUAUGCAAGCAGCAGUCAUGGCGGGACAACAUCAUGAUGAUAUUCGCCAUGGUGGUGGAAAUAGAGAUAUGGUACACAUGGAUAUACACAGUCAAAUAAGGGAAUAUCAGAGAGAGAACGAAAGUCUUCGACAAGAGCUCGACAACAGGGAGACAAAAUUGAAUUCCAGCAUGAACAGUAUCAAGACAUUUUGGAGCCCGGAGUUGAAAAAAGAACGAGCUUUGAGGAAGGAAGAAGCAGCCAAAAUACAAUCACUCAAAGAGCAGUGUCGAGUAGCUGUAGAAGAAAAUCAGCAAUUCCUUAGGACGAUAAGGGAACUGAAGGAACAACUCCAGCACCGGGAACACAACCUGCGACACUCGCCCAACGGUGAUGUUCCAAACGGGGGUUCCGCGCAGGGGACGCUGGCCCACCUGCAGCACGAGGUGGACGGUCUCAGGACAGAGCGGGACAGGGUCUCCAGGGAAGUGUUCCUCCUCCGCAAGACCCUUGAAGAGAUGGAGCUGAGGAUCGAGACCCAGAAGCAGACCUUGACGGCCAGGGACGAAAGCAUCAAGAAACUCCUGGAGAUGCUCCAGAGUAAAGGGUUAAACACCAAGAAGCUGGAAGGGGACCAGGAGGAGAUGGACAGGAUGCGAUCCAAGGUGGUGGAAGCCGAGGCAAGGGUCAUCAAACUUCAGAAGCUCAUGGAGCAACGGGACAUGGAGGAGAAUAGGGAUGGUAAUGUUGGAUCAAGGUCAAAUGGCACCGUGGGACAGACGGAUGACAGCAGUACGAGAUUAAAGAUCAAGCUUGACCAACUGAAAGGAAAGCUAAGCCUUAAGGUAGCCGAGUUACAAGCCCUACAGACCAAGUUUGAGGCUAUGAAGCAUAAAGAGAGAGACCAACAGGCUCAUAUCAAUCUCCUCAAAGAAUCACUAGCUGCCAAAGAACAACACUCCAGUAUCCUGCAAGCUGAUGUGGAUGCCCUAAGAUUUCGGUUGGAAGACAAGGAGCACCAGCUUAGCAAGCAGGAGGUCGUGAUGACAUCCAUAAACACUGACAAAUCCAAGCAGUCUUCAGAGGCCGAAGAGCUACGAGAGAUGAACGAACUCAAAGAACGGAGAAUAGUCGCACUCCAACGAAAGCACGCUGAUUUGUCAAAAGGCAUGGAGCUACAGGCGAGCAAAUUAAAAAUCCUACAAGUGAAGAAUGAAAGCCUUCAAGAGCAGCUGAAAGAGAGAGACAGCCAGGCGGUGUCACUCCGCGAUCGUCUCACCACUCUCCAGGCCGACCAGAGCAGCUCUGACAGUGCCGUGUCCAGUCUGGAGGACGCCCUCAUUGACAAGGACCGUACCAUUGAGAAGUUAAGGGCCGAGAAGGAGCAGGAGAUCAAAGACAAGGAAGAAGCGAUCGGGAGAUUGGCUAAGCAGAUCGAGGAGCUCAAGAUGCAGGUUGGAGAGCUUCAGAAGAGCGUCUCGGAGAAGGAGGCUUCUUUCCUGGAUCUGAAGGAGCAUGCCUCGACGGUAGCAUCAGGAGCUCUGAAGAAGGACUCCAGGAUCACGACACUGGAGAUACAACUUGCUCAGAAGACGGAGGAACUCAUCCAGGCUGAAAGUGAACUCAAGAAAACGCAUCGUAGACUCCAGACGCUGAAGGAUGAGAGAGACUCCAGCUACACUCAAGAGAUCCAGGAGCUGCAGGGAUCCGUGUCUGCGAUGAAGGAAGAGGUCCGCAAGUCGCACGCAGAGGUCGACAGGCUCCUGGAGAUCAUGAAGGAGAUGGAGGGAGAGAAGAACGACAAGGAGAAGAGGAUUAAAGACCUAGAAAGCGUAAUGAGAAAACAUUGCCCAGGUCAAUUGAAGGAUGUGAAUAAGAAACUGGUGGCGGUCAAGCGAGAUCAGCAGACUCAGAAACGCAAGAAUGCCCAACUCUUGGAGGAUUAUAGGAGAAGAGAGGGAGAGAUGUCAUCGGAUACACAUCAGUUACAGGAUAUGGUGAAGGAGAAAGAAGAUCGUGUCGAGGAGUUAGCUGAGGCACUUAAAGAAAGUGUGACAAUAACGGCAGACAGAGAAAUGUUGAUUGCACAACAAACCGAAGCCAUUUCCAAGCUGAAAAAGCAGCUUGAAGAUGUGAGGAGAGAAUUGGAUGACGUAAGAAAACAACUGUCUAUGGCCAGCAACAAACUUUCAACAACUCAAGUUCUUCUCAAAGAGAAGGAAGCCAAACUGAAAGCGGUACAGGCUGAGGGUAGAAAGCAUCUAGAGGAAGCCCUCGGCAUGAAACAAGAAGCCCUCACUGCUGCUAUUGGAGAAAAGGAUGCCCAUAUUGCCCUGUUGGAACUGAACAGGAAAGGUCCCAAGUCAUCAGAAGAACUCAAACUUCUCAAGAAAGAGAAAGAUACUCUAGUGCAACAGCUCAAAGAUGAGGCACAUUGGCAGCUAGAAGUGUUCUUAGGUAGGAGAGUUCAGCAUGAUCCUAGAGAGACACAAAAGAGGAUGAAGCUUCUUCAUAACCACACUGAUGGUGACAAAUCACCGCUGAUGGAACAUUCUCCCAUUACACCAGAACAGGAUGAUGAAGAUGGUAUAUGGGCCUAAGCACAGGUCUUCCUCUAUACUGCUACCCCAAGUUCCCUCAUGCAUAAAUAUUGUGUUUUUCUGAUCAGUUCCAUGGAGGGGUUCACAGCGUGACUUUGUGAAGACUGGUUGACCCGCAAGUUUUCGAAUAUUUCUUCAGCUCCAGUCUUGACACAUAUUCUUACUUUGUGGUCAUCAAUUAACUGUGAUAUAAGCAAUAUCAAAUAGAGAUCUCAUUUUUAAUAUGAUUAAGUAUUUAUUAAGAAUGUAACAACAUAAUUAACACAGAAUUACAAGUAAAUAAAGAGAAUCACGACCAAUAGAUUUGUCUUGUUAUGCAGGACUCGAAGACGGGUUCUAUGGACCCAAGUUUUCUAUGAAAAAUCUAUCAUUAACCAAAUUUCUCACUGAAAUGGAAAUUAACCACUGAUUAUUGCAUACAUGCAAUAUGAAAAUGAUAUGUUACUGUUAUUUUGAAGGAGAUAAGAUCUCCCUGCAACAAUUUGUAAAGAGCACCAUAUUUCAUUUCUUGAUGCAGAAAGUAUGAGAAUUUUUACACACAGUGUAUAUUUCGAAGCUCUCCACAUUUGUAAAGUUGUGCAUGGGUCUGUUCAAGAGACUAAUUGACUGUAAUACAUGUACACAGUUUUAAAGGGGAAGUUCACCCUGACAAAAAGUUUAUUG